AUGGCAGGCCACGCUCGGCUAAGUUUCCUAGACGCCUACCGCGGCUAUCACCAGAUAGCCAUGGACCCAGAAGAUAUGGAAAAGACUGCCUUUAUCACACCAUAUGGCAUCUUCUGUUAUCGAGUGAUGCCCUUUGGGCUCAAAAACUCAGGUGCGACUUUCAAGCGUGCCAUCUUCAAAAUGCUCUACGAACAGAUUGGCCACACCAUGGAAGCCUAUAUCGACGACCUCGUUGGUAAAAGCCAGAAGGAAUUCAACCACCCCCAAGAAUUCGCAGAAGUCUUCAAAAUUCUCAAACUUCUCUCGACUCAUGCUAUUAGUUCAACUCUUGUUCGACGAGAAGGCGUCGACGACAUGCCAAUCUACUUCACAAGAAAAAUGCUCCUACCUGCACAGACACGAUACCUACCUUUCGAGAAGUUGGCACUUGCACUCGUUUUGAUUGCAAGGAAACUCUUGUCGUACUUUCAGUCUCAUACAAUCACCGUCUUAACGGAGCACCCUCUCAAGAGCCUUUUUCGGAAAGCGGACCUCUGCAAUAGGGUCUCCAAAUGGGCAGUUGAACUAGCAAACUUUGACAUUUGUUUUGAGCCACAGACGGCAAUUAAAGGGCAGAUCCUCGCUGACUUCAUCACCAAGCUUACUCCAGAUGACACGGACAGUCUCAACACUCGCUCCCCACCCCAACCCAUCACUAAGCACAAAAUUUCACCGAAGCCUUGGCAUCUUUUCCAAGGAGACAUUUGGCACCUACAUGUCGUUGAAGUCUCUAACAGCAAUAAGGCAGGGGUCAUCUUGGUCUCCCCUUGUGGGACAUUACAUGAAAGUUUCAUAAGCAUCGACUUCCCAGCCACAAACAAUGAAGCCGAAUAUGAGGCCUUUCUCGCUGGCUUGCGCUCCGCAAUUGCAAUGAAGGUUGAUGACCUGGCCAUUUUUUGCGACUCCCAACUCAUUGUCAAUCAGGUUCUUGGGGACUACGAAGCUCGGGAUCCCAGGAUGCUGAAAUACCAAGCAACAGCAACCGAACUCAUCCAACACUUCAAACAUUUCAAGAUUGAGCAGAUAAACCAUGAGCACAACACCCACGCCGAUGCCCUUGCCGGCCUAGCCUCGGCGUCUCAAGCUUUAGAGUUUAGGACCACCAACUUCGGUAGAAUCGACCACCCAACCUGUGAAACAACUCCUGAAGUACUCAACAUUGAGCUCAGUCCAAACUGGAUGGACGAAAUUGUUGCUUUUCUCCGCGAUGACACUUUACCGACAGAUAAGAAGGAAGCUUACCGCAUUAGGAAUAAGGUUGCUUAUUACUGGCUCUUCGAAAGCAGCAAACUCUACAAGAAGUCCAUCUCGGGGCCGUACCUUCUCGUAAUUCACCCCACUUAUGUUCCGGAUAUACUAGCCAAGCUCCACUCUUACAGUUGCGGCUGUCACUCAGGUGGUCGAUCCUUAUGUCAACGAGCAAUGAGCCAGGGAUAUUUCUGGAAGAACAUGAAGAAAGAUUUUGAAAACGGGCUUGACAUCGUGGGUAAGCUGCCUACGGCACCAGGAGGCUUCAAAUUCUUGAUCACGACAACGGAUUACUUCUCAAAGUGGGUGGAGGCCGAACCUCUCGUCACAAACACCGAGGCCGACGUAAGAAGAUUAGUCUGGAGGAACAUCGUUACCAAAUUCGACGUCCCAUACGUUAUCGUCUGUGAAGAAUUUGGGAUACGCUUCUUUAAUUCUACUUCAACAUACCCCCAAGGGAUCAGCCAAGCCGAGGCCACGAACAAGACAGUCUGUGUUGGGAUUAAGCAUCGGCUAAACUCCAAGAGAGGCAAGUGGGCUGAGGAACUGCCACGCGUUCUAUGGGCUGACCGUUCUACUCCAAAGCGCUCCACAGACCAAACCCCCUUUUCAAUGGCAUUCGGCAUGGAGGCUGUAAUUCCACUAGAGUCUAGGUUCCCUACCUUGAGAACAAAGAACUUUGACCCAAAGGCCAAUGAAGAAGCCGUGGAUCAGGAGUUGAUUUUGGUAGAAGAGAAGCGUGAUGACGCUCGACUAAAGCUCGCCGAGUACCAACAGCAAGUGGCCAAAGGAUACAACCGUAGCGUACGAACAAAGACCUUCAAUCCAGAUUAUUUGGUUUGGCGAAAAGUUGUACAAGCCAACAAAAAGACGAAAUUCAAGCCCAACUGGGAAGGGCCAUUUCAUGUGGUUCGGAUUACGAGUGAAGGCGCUUAG